GCCGAAGAAGACAUGUACCCAGAUGCACAGACCCAGUCAACGCGCACAUAUAUAGCCACUCAGGGCUGUUUACCAUCGACGAUACCAGAUUUUUGGUUGAUGAUUGUGCAGGAGAAUACCAGGGUGAUUGUGAUGACAACCAAAGAAAUGGAGAGGAUGAAGAGUACGGCAAGGUGACAGUGAAAACCGUAUCGCAGUCGUCGACGGCUGACUACACGCUCAGGGAGUUCCUCGUCACCUACAAGAAUCAUGCGCGCACAGUCUACCAUUACCAUUUCCAGGCAUGGCCCGACCACGGCGUGCCUUCGGAUCCGGGCUGCGUGCUCAACUUUCUGCACGACGUGAACGCGCGCCAGGACUCGCUGGUGGAGGCUGGCGAAGGGGGUGGAGCCGGACCGGGAGCUGGCGAAGCGUGUGGAGCCGGACCCGUGGUAGUGCACUGCAGUGCAGGCAUUGGCCGGACGGGAACCUUCAUUGUCAUCGACAUGAUUCUCGACCAAAUCAAGCGACAGGGCAUCGACUGUGAGAUCGACAUACAGCGCACCAUUCAGAUGGUGAGAUCACAGCGGUCGGGUAUGGUUCAGACCGAGGCUCAGUACAAGUUUGUCUACCUCGCUGUCCAGCACUACAUUCAGACGCUGUCGCAGCGCAUCAUUGCCGAACAGAAAAGCCUGCAGAUAGGCAGAGAGUACUCGAACAUCAAGUACUCGAACGAGACAGAUGCCGGACUCCCCGCCUCACUACUACGCGGCUCCACACUUUCGCUGUCUCUGUCUCGCUCCACGGCCAGUCUGCCGGCCGCCAUAUCGCCCUCUCACUCGCCCGCUCCCUCCCCCUCCUCCACCGCCAACGGCACCAGCGCUCCCACGCACACGCACUGGCCUGCGCACACCACACAUCUGCCCAGGCACCAGAAGACAUGCCAAAGCAGAUCUACACCAAUGUACCAUUGAAAGAGCGCAAGGUGUCUCCCAACUACAAUGUGGGCCCGACGAUACCCAGCUUUGCACCCCCACCUCCGCCACCGCCUAGGAAAACGUGACCCCACCCUCCCCACAAAAUGGCGGAAACUGUCAUGAUGACGCUGCUUCUUCUUCCUCCUUUCCAUCUUCGUCUAGCUGUCGUCAGCAACAAGCACUGCUAUCACUGCAAAACUGUCAGACCUAACGCUUGGUUGCACUAACCGAGAUCAAUUUUAAUCCGGGAUCAGCAGUUUGUUAAUCAGCUGAUUCAAGGUCGGGGUCAGCAGUUU